AGUCCGCCACAAGCACACGCGCACACAGGGGCCAAGCGCCUACACCUACAGAGGAGAGACAAGGUCUGCCGUCCGCGCGUGCGCGGAAGAGGGGACGGAGGAAGAAGGCUGCCAGCAAUCAGAGAUGGAGGUGGGGUUCUUGGGUCUGGGCAUCAUGGGCAAGGCAAUGGCGACCAACCUCCUCCGCCACGGCUUCCGCGUCACCGUCUGGAACAGGACCCUCGCCAAGUGCCAAGAGCUCGCCGCGCUCGGCGCCACCGUCGGGGAGACGCCUGCCUCCGUCGUCUCCAAGUGCAGAUACACCAUCGCCAUGCUCUCCGACCCCAGCGCCGCCCUAUCAGUCGUCUUCGACAAGGAUGGCGUGCUCGAGCAGAUCGGUAGCGGGAAGGGCUAUGUGGACAUGUCCACUGUUGACGCUGCAACUUCGACCAAGAUUAGCGAGGCAGUUAAACAAAAAGGGGGAGCUUUCCUUGAAGCUCCAGUUUCAGGGAGCAAGAAGCCAGCUGAAGAUGGCCAAUUGGUCAUUCUUGCUGCAGGGGACAAGCCAUUGUAUGAUGGUAUGAUUCCUGCAUUUGAUGUACUGGGGAAGAAGUCAUUCUUUCUGGGAGAGAUUGGAAAUGGGGCAAAGAUGAAGCUUGUGGUCAACAUGGUCAUGGGAAGUAUGAUGAAUUCUUUGUCCGAGGGACUCUGUUUGGCCGACAAAAGUGGGCUGAGCCCCCAAACACUUCUUGAUGUACUGGACCUUGGUGCCAUCGCAAACCCAAUGUUCAAGCUGAAGGGGCCUACAAUGCUGCAAGGCAGCUACAGCCCUGCGUUUCCCCUGAAGCAUCAGCAGAAGGACAUGAGGUUAGCGCUUGCUCUGGGAGAUGAGAACGCCGUCGCCAUGCCCGUCUCAGCAGCUGCCAAUGAGGCGUUCAAGAAGGCGAGGAGCCUGGGGCUGGGAGACCAGGAUUUUUCGGCGGUCUAUGAGGUUGUGAAGGGCGCGGGUGGUUCUGGAUCUGGCCAGCCGUGAUAGAAGGACCAUUUGUGACUGUGUUAGCCCAUUUCCAUGCCGAUUUGCAACAUAGCGACGUACGAGUACGUGUGUAUUCGAGAUUUGGAACCAGACCAUACGUUGCAAAAGAAAUAAUAAAUCAAAGAGAUGAUGCUAGCU